GUUCCUUAGCUUCAGUAAAAGCGAGUUACAGUCCACCAUCGCAGUAACUUAUAUCCAUUUUCCAUCAAUGGCCCAAACAUCCACGCCAAAUCUGCCAUUUUCAGCGACGCUUGAUGUCCUUGCGGCCAUAGUACCCAAGCCUCUUCAGAAACCACGUAUAGGUAUCGUGUGUGGAUCAGGACUCAGCACUCUCGUGUCAAGUCUGAAAGAUGUCCAUGAGGUGCCGUAUUCUUCGCUGGAAGGUUUCGGCAACAGCACUGUCGCUGGGCAGAAAAGUAUACUGGCUUUCGGCCUGAUGGGCAAGGAGAAUGUGCCAGUUGUAGCCAUGCUUGGACGGUUUCACCCUUAUGAAGGCCACGAACCUGCUACUGUGACUUAUCCUAUUAGAGUGAUGGCGAGAUUGGGAGUCAAGGAUGUUAUCAUUACCAAUGCUGCAGGGUCACUAAACCCAGAUAUACCCAUUGGAACGAUCGUUGUGGUCAGGGACCACCUAGCUUUACCCAAUCUCACCGGGCUUUGUCCGCUGUUUGGGCCACUGAUCUCACCUCAAUACCCGCGAUUUCUUCCUCUUUCGGAUGCAUACUCUACUCGACUGCGUCGACUCGCGUUCUUAUCGUCUCACCAGCUCGGGUUCGACCCUGCAGCACUCGGAGAAGGAACUUACGCCUGGGUUGCCGGUCCAUGUUACGAGACUCCUGCUGAGGGGCGCUUCCUCAGGACUGCAGGUGCCGAUGUUGUCGGUAUGAGCACGGUCCCAGAGGUGGUUGCUGCAAGAGAGGAGGGAUUGGAGGUGCUAGUAUUGAGUUUGGUGACCAACAUGGUGGUGAUACCGGAGAAGUACCGGAGCAUACGUGAGGAAGUUGAGGCUGAGCUGGCUGGUCAUCCGAUUGACAUGCCCCCUAAUGAGGUCGCCUCCCAUGAAGAAGUAUUGGCAGUUGGGAGGCAAAAAGCUGAGGCUAUGAAGAACCUCGUAGAGCACAUCGUUCAGCUUGUGCCGAAGAACUAGCUCUAUGAUAUCCCUCGGAAUUUGGAAAGGAAAUAUAGUGUAGAUUAGACGGAUUUUGUACCACGGAAUGUAUAUGUUGUGUCU